UUAGGGUUUUUCUGUGUGGAUCCAUGGCGGAGGAGCUGGUGCUCGACUCGGCGAUCCGCGACUGGGUGCUGGUGCCGCUGUCGCUGGUGAUGGUUCUCAUCGGCGUGCUGCGCCACUUCGUCUCCAAGUGUAUGUCCUCGCAGCCGGAGCCCGACGCCAAGGCUCUCAAAGAAUCGCAAAUUGUUCUUCGCGCCAGGUACCUGAGAGCGGCUGCGAAUUACAUUCCUGCCAAGUCUUUCCGGAUGAGAAAAUCCUACUUCAACAACGAGGAAAAUGGGCUGUUACAUGUUCCAAAGGGCCAGGGCCAGAACGUCCAGGCUCAAAUGCUUUCGGACCCAAACAUGGCAAUGGACAUGAUGAAGAAGAACUUGUCCAUGAUCAUUCCUCAGACUUUAACCUUUGCGUGGGUGAACUUCUUCUUCUCCGGAUUUGUCACCGCCAAAAUUCCUUUCCCGCUCACGCAAAGAUUCCGAGGGAUGUUGCAAAAUGGAAUCGACUUGAGCUCGGUGGAUGUGAGCUAUGUCAGCAGCCGUUCAUGGUAUUUCUUAAAUCUUUUCGGGUUGAGAGGCCUCUUCAGCUUGAUCCUCGGAGAAGACAAUGCCACCGAUGAUACCCAGAAGCUGAUGCAAACGCAAAUGGCGAUGCAAAUGGGCGGGUUUGGAGCCGAUCCUGCAAAGGCCCUUGGAGCUGAGAAAGAAGGUCUCGACUUAGUCCAGCACGAGUGGCUUCUCCCCCAGAUCGAGCAGCGAGCAGCAGCAGUGUUGAGCCAGAUUCUCGCGUAACUCGCUCGAUCACAAAAAAAAAGAAAAACAGAGAAGAGAAGAGACCAUUUUCGAAGUAGGCUGCUCACGCAAUACUUGCUCUCGACAACAACCAAAAACUUACAAGAAAAAAGAGAGAGAGAAACAAAGGAUAAAAGGAAUUUAUUUUUAGCAAAGUUCUAUCGCUCCA